CAUGAACUUGUAACCUAACCUUGGCCAUGAGUUUACAUAAAUAGGCUUGAGCAGAAGAAAGUAAAAACAAUAAUCUUUCUCUCACAGUCCUAAAGUGGUUCUAAAAUAUAAUACAAAAACUAUGGAGAUUCUGAAAUAUACCUUGAUGAGUUUGCUCGUGACGUGUUUGUCAGUAGCAGCAGCUGAUCCAUUAAAACAAAAACCACAGACAUUGAAUUCUUCACCUGCUAAAAAUUCUCAACAGCAAGUAGCUAAUGAAUUAAAGCCAGAUUUUGUACCUAUAUACCUCUAUGCUAGAGAAAAUUCAUUGGACGGUGAUUAUAACUUCAAAUAUGAAACCGGAAAUGGAAUUUUCGCGGAAGAACGUGGAGUUAUGUUGAACAAAGGAACGGAAAACGAAGCAAAUUCGGUGGUCGGCUCGUACAAGUACGUAUCGCCCGAAGGCGUACCGAUAGAGGUGACGUACACCGCGGGAGUAGAAGGGUUCCGAGCGUACGGUGCACAUCUGCCUGUAAGUCCGCCGGCGGCGUCAAACCUGCCCAAAAAUUUGGCAUUCAAGAACGUCGCUCAAACCACCGCCUUUGCCCGGCCGCAGUUCAAGACGCUCAAUUCCGAUUCGUCGAUUGAAGGUAGACAAGUGUUCUUGGAGGAACAGGGUAAAACAGUAUCGGAGAAGCCUCUAGUGCGGUCGGAGCAGCCCCAACUACAGUCGGAGCAGCCACAAGUGCCACCAAGUAUCGAGCAAGUUGGCGCGGGUCAAGCAGUCAGCGACGUGGCAGAACAGUCGCAGAACGUAUUGUUCGUGGGCAGAGAGCCGACCGAAAAGCCGGUGGAGACGAUCGUCGGCGCGUCCGUCGCGACGGCCGACCAACCGCAGGGCCCGCCGGCCGGCACUAUCCAAGACUAUUAUCAACAGUCCCGCGGUCAAUCCGUCCCGGAACUGCAACCCGCCUACCCGAGACUGCAGUCGCGACCAGCACCACAACCGUCCGUUAUGCAGAGGUUCGAACCACCCAGAUCGGUUGCGCCGUCUGUCGUGCCCGUCUUACAGACGGUGCCCCAGGCCGUACAGACUCAGCCAAGAGUGGUGCCGGUGCUGCAAAGACUUGUGCCCGGAGGAUAUCCACAACAGCAGCAGCAGCAGCAGCAGCAGCAGAUGCAACUGAAUCAGUUCAACUCUAGGCCGAUGGUACAGCAACCGCCCUUCAACCAGCAGCAACGUCCCGGACCUGUACGUCAGUUCAGCAUAGAGCCACAACAGAUGUGGUACAUGCCGAAUAACCAGCAAGGACGGUUCUUUCAGAUGCCCCCUAUGCAGCGAACACUUGGACCACCCAAGUACUAGUCGUCAGGAAGUUCACCAACACGUGGUAGAACCUCAUCGCUUAUCUUAAGAUCUUUGUUCCCCAUUUUUUUUCGCACAUCAACUUUUAGCGGACGAUAUAGUACAACAACAUAUAAUUAUACUAUAAUAGGUACCUAUAAUAUAAGUAAAUGUAAUAUUGAUAAGUUGUACAGUAUUGUGUGCGUAUAUGAUUUAGACGACGAAUGUUGUCUCAUUUAUUCGUGUGAAAAUAGAAAUUUAACUUAAAUCAAUAAAUUCGAUCACUUCACGCGUGAUCAAUGGGUACUUGAAUA